UGGGGACAAUGUCGACUAAAUAGACGUUGUAUAUUUUGUUAAUCUGCAUAAUUCGAAAUUUAAUUAAUGCUAUUGUAUACUUCUCUUGAAUAAAUAUUUAAAGCAUGCAGUGUAAUGGCCAGCGCAACCCUGUGACGUCAGCAAACAACCGUUGAGGACAAGUGCGCCAUUUUGGCUCAAACAAAGUCGGAAUUGAUUUACUUUGCAAUUUGAUAUUAUUUGGCAUGCUAACAUCGCUUAAUAUUUUUGUGAAUCUUUGGGAUGAGAUAAAAUAUCUUAUGUGAGCUCAUGUUUCAACCCAUGUUGUAUUUAGUUUUGUUUCCUAUGAGAACAAGUGUAAAGUUCUGUUAGCAUUAGCCUCAGCUAGCUACAUGCUAGCUCUGUCGUUUGAUUGCAAACACUGGCUCUAUAGUUAGCUUGCUAGCAAGCUACAUUUAGCAGUUUUUGACUUGUUAGCUCGAUAGGUAUGGGUGGGUGCUCCGCUCCAAAUUGCUCGAACUCAACAACCAUUGGGAAGCAACUGUUUCGUUUUCCAAAAGAGCCCAUACGCAAGAAUAAAUGGCUUGUAAACUGCCGGCGUAAUUUUGUACCAACUCCACAUUCCAGACUGUGCCAGGACCAUUUUGAGCUGAGUCAGUUUGAAGAAAUCGCCAGGUCGCCAGCAGGGGGAAAGAAGCUGAAACCAAACGCUAUCCCCACUCUUUUCCAUGUGCAAAAUCCACCUUAUCCCAUCACCCCACAGAUAGUGCUACCACUCAAACCAGAGCCAGUGGAGAGGGAUCUGAAUGUGGGGGAUCAUGGCUACGCAAGGCGACAACCAACUCUGGGCAUGGAGGAAGAUGCUGAUGAACUACACAAGGCAGAGGAACGUCCCUGCACCCAUUGUCAACCUUACAAAACCCUGCUGGAACAAGAAAUGCAACACACUGCCAGACUUCAGAAAGAGGCUGAGGAAAUGAAGAAGAGGAUGUUCAAACUGGACAGAAUAGAGAGGGGCCUCCAGACAUUUCUGUAUGAAGACCAGAUCCGUGCCCUGACCCUGACCAAGCGUUCCCGGAGAGCUGUGUGGUCCCACGAGACAGUCCUGAAGGCCCGUAAGAUCCGAUGUGCAGUCGGUGCCAAGGGUUACGAAUUCCUUCGGGAGUUAGGCUACCCUUUGCCCUCUUAUAGAACUUUAUGUAACCGCCUGGAGGAAAAAAUCAUGGUGACGACAGCCAUGGGCUGUGAUGAGCUUGCAGAGCUUGGUCUAGGAAUCAUAUCCACAUGUGACAGUCCAGAGGGAGAUGGGGACAAUGAGGAGGCUUUCAUUGGAGUGAUGUCAUGACUCAUGAAAGAGAGAUUUUCGAUCAAUUUGUUUGAAUGUGUGUUUCAUUUUGAAGGAUGUAACGCAAAAUGACAGGACAAUAUAGCAAAGACUGAUGACAGCUAGUAGGCCUAUGUGGUGAAGAAAAUGUGGAAGCAUAUGCACAAUGGGAGAUGUUUGUGUUAAAGCAUUCUUGGUUCUGGACUUGGUUUCAUAUAAAAGUGGUUUUUAGAAUGGUUUA